CAGCACGAGACACCGGCGACGUCUCCGUCCUCACGUGCGCAUCGCGAGCGGGAGGAUCAUUUAUUAAACGUUUAAACACGAACUUUUUCAAAGUGGCGCUUCAGCAAAAUGAGUAAAACCCCGUAAGUGAACAUUAUGUAACUUAUUAAUGCACAACGCUAAAUAAACAAAGUUGCGUAGACAACGAGGAGACGCUUUGCGUCCCUCAGUGGUCCUGUUGUGUCUCCUCGCGCUCGUUGUGUGUCUCUUUGAGGCCGUGUUGUGUGUCUGUGGACACUUUUGUGUCCCUUUUAGUCAUUGAGCGUUACUUCUCCGUCAUGUUGUCAUUCUGCAUCUCUUUGUAUUUGAUUUGCAUUCAUUCCGAGUCAUUGACUCAUUCGUAUUGGGGCCUAAAUCCCCUUGAACGUUUUCUGUUGUUUUCUCAAAUCAAGCAGAAGAAAACCGAGUCACGAUCAUCUAAACUGCUGUUGAUAAAUGAUGAUAAACUCUGCAUCUCUUUGCUGCGUUGGAUAUUUUCCAAAUAGUAAAUUCCGACGCGGAGGCAAACGAUAGUUAGUAUUCAACGUGUGUACCUGCAAUUGCGAACGUAUUAUGCGUCCACAGCGUAAUUGCAGAAGGAUGCGAGCGUUCACGCUCACACGCUCCCCUCAGGUGUGUCACGAGCCACAGCGACUUCACACUAAACGAGGAGAAAAGAGCAGAAAGUAGAAACGACUCCUCAAAGAGAAAAGAGAAAGAGCUGCAUUUGACCGAACGUCUGAUGUUCUUGUUCUCUCCUUUUCCUUUUCCACGCUGGAAAUGAAUAAAAUGCCGCUUUCCGGUCACGACGGAACAUUGACAGGGAGUUCUGGUUCCGCCUAAAGAUUCUGAAUAUACAUCUUUAGAUGUAAGGCGUCUGAGGGGCGCAGGAAGCGGAGUCUGCGCUGCCUAGCAACAGCCAAGAGACGAGUAAUUCGUCAUUUUCAGUCGCAGAGACCCGGAGGGCGAGCGCUCCACAGUUCGGGAGCCACGCGGAGCCUCCGCACCGGCCCGGCGCAUUUUCAUCUUACACGACCCGACAGGGUUUAGAUCCAAAACCCGAAGGCGAAGAAGCUUCGGGAGCGCCGCUGCCCUUCAGCAUGGUGACAUUCCUCCCAGCAACACCAGAAUGGCCCACGCGUGGGAGCGCGUCCUGUGUGGUUCACCUGUCGUGGCCGUCGUCGCGUAAUCGGCAGCGGAGCAGAUGGGCGGGAGCUGAGCAGAAGGACGCUCACACGGCGCCGCCUCGCUUUUCCCGCGCCAGAGAGACAUGACGGCGGACGAGAUGCCGGAGAGCGGCAGCUCGGCCGGCGCGCUGCCCGGACUCCCCGCGUUCCUCCUCAUGUUCAACGACAGCGGCCUGAACCAGACGCUGUUCAACGCCACCAACUCCAGCUCGCCGGACGCCGCCCCGGGCCCCAGCGUGGCCGGCGUCCUCAUCCCGCUCAUCUACAUAAUCGUGUGCGUCAUCGGCCUCGGCGGGAACACGCUGGUGAUUCACAUCGUGCUGCACUACUCCAAGAUCGAGUCGGUGACCAACAUCUACAUCCUCAACCUGGCCAUCGCCGACGAGCUCUUCAUGCUCGGCCUGCCCUUCCUGGCGGUCCAGAACACGCUCCAGGCGUGGCCCUUCGGCUCCUUCAUGUGCCGCCUGGUGAUGACGGUGGACUCCAUCAACCAGUUCACCAGCAUCUUCUGCCUGACCGUGAUGAGCAUCGACCGCUACCUGGCCGUGGUGCACCCCAUCAGGUCGUCUAAGUGGCGGCGCCCUCUGGUGGCCAAGGUGGUGAACGGCACCGUCUGGGCCCUGUCGUUUCUCGUGGUGCUGCCCGUGGUGAUCUUCGCCAACAUUCAGAAAGCGGGAGGCACCUGCAACAUCGCCUGGCCGCAGCCGGCUAACAUCUGGCGGGCGGCGUUCAUCAUUUACACCUCCACGGUGGGAUUCUUUGGCCCGCUUCUCAUCAUCUGCCUCUGCUACCUGCUCAUCGUCUUCAAGAUACGCAGCUCGGGUAAAAAAGUCCACGCCACCUCCACCAAGCGGCGGAAGUCGGAGAGGAAAGUCACGCGCAUGGUGGUGAUCGUCGUCGCCGUGUUUGUCUUCUGCUGGCUGCCUUUCUACGGCCUCAACAUCAUCAACCUGCUGGUGUCGCUGCCCUCGGAGUACCAGGGUCUGUACUACUUCGUGGUCGUGCUCGGCUACGCUAACAGCUGCGCCAACCCCAUCGUCUACUGCUUCCUGUCGGACAACUUCAAGAGGGGCUUCCGGAAGGCCCUCUGCCGCUCCACCAGGAAGGUGGAGAACCACGAGCCCAUGGAGCGCCAGAAGAAGGAAGGCAGGUUGGCCAUCAGGCCCAGGGAGAGCCUGAGGCGGGCGGUCAGGGACGAAGAGGACGAGGAGGAGGAAGACGUCUCGGAGAUGAACGAGAUCUACCGAAUCGCCCAAAACGGUAACGGCGGCCUCCGGCCGCAGAGCUCGCAGCCGCUGCUGCCGGACAACGCGGCGGCGGCCGUGGCGGCGGCGUCCCCGGGCGGGAAGGACGAAGCCGGCGACCUGAAGGGGAAGGACGCGGCCAACGGGUCCACGCUGACUGUCCCGCUGCUCCUCAGUGGAAGCAAGAACGGGAGCAUUAAAACUCUGCCGGAGGAGGCGUUGGACCAGAGCACCUCGCUGGAGAUCAGCUACCUGUGAAGGAUCCUGUGUUCUACCAACACACGUCAUGUGAUAUCUUGUACAUAUGCAUGAAUAUGAAUGUUAAAAGUUGGGCCGUUAUUUACUUUCAUCACAAGUGUCUUGGUGGUUGUUGUACUUUUAUCCCAUAAUGUUGUUAGACAUUGGUUCAUAUGUAAAACAACAUACUACUUUAUUUAGGAGGUCUCUUUGCCACCACAUCUCCUAUAAAUCAUGUUCACGUAUGUUUUAAGGGAAGUACUGCUGCCAGGAUCAUGUCUGCAGGUUGUGGGGAGGUUUAUUCACGUCAGGAGGAACCAAAGACGGUGAAUUCAAAGCUUCGACACGUCGUCAACUAGCGACACGUAGAAGCUACUGGACCAAACAACGCAGAUACAAGUAGGAGAAAAGACUCCAGCCACAGUGACAUGAAUGUGAACAGAACACAACAGUUCUCUUACUUAUAUAUUUAGUUUCAGUUGAAGGUGCUUAAUGUGUAAAAAGUCAUUGACUCAACACGGCUCUCAACAUGGCGGCCGAGCUAGCAUACUUCGCUGCUCACGCUACAAACAAAAGAAACACUGCUGAUGGAGUUGAUCGUGUUUCGCUGGGGGGGGUUUGGGGGUUUUGGGGGGGGGCUACGUUUCCGUAGCUUUAAAUUAAGCUUUCCUGAUUGUAAAUUGUAAAUACGUGUUUUCUGUGGAUUAAAGAGGAUCUCAGCAACUGAUCCGAAACUACUCGAGAAUUUCAUUAAACGAUCAUCGAAAAAUUGUCUGUUGCUCAAA